CUUUAGAAUAAUUUAUAAUCAAAACUUAAAUAUUAUUUUAGCAAAGUAUUGAGCUAUAUCUUACAAGGAUAGUUAAGUUCCAUGUUUAUUGAGAUACAAACCAUUUAUGGCGUCAUAAUAUACUCUGUUUAAAGACAAAAGACGAGAAGAAUACAAGAUGAAAGUAGCUGUUUUUGCAGUUUUGGCCUUUCUAUCCUGCUGUUCUGGGACUAUAGACGGAGCUGUAUGUGGAUCGUACGACCCUAGAUUCAAGAUUUGUUGUAACGGCGUCCUAAGUCAUAAAGGAUUAAACAGUGCAUGUUGUGGAACAAUACCGUACGACCAUAGAUUGAAGAUUUGUUGUAACGGCGUCCUAAGUCAUAAAGGAUUCAACAGUGCAUGUUGUGGAACAAUACCGUACAACCAUAGAUUGAAGAUUUGUUGUAACGGCGUCCUAAGUCAUAAAGGAUUCAACAGUGCAUGUUGUGGAACAAUACCGUACGACCAUAGAUUGAAGAUUUGUUGUAACGGCGUCCUAAGUCAUAAAGGAUUCAACAGUGCAUGUUGUGGAACAAUACCGUACGACCAUAGAUUGAAGAUUUGUUGUAACGGCGUCCUAAGUCAUAAAGGAUUCAACAGUGCAUGUUGUGGAACAAUACCGUACGACCAUAGAUUGAAGAUUUGUUGUAACGGCGUCCUAAGUCAUCAAGGAUUCAACAGUGCAUGUUGUGGAACAAUACCGUACGACCAUAGAUUCAAGAUUUGUUGUAACGGCGUCCUAAGUCAUAAAGGAUUCAACAGUGCAUGUUGUGGAACAAUACCGUACGACCAUAGAUUCAAGAUUUGUUUGUAACGGCAUCCUAAGUCAUAAAGGAUUCAACAGUGCAUGUUGUGGAACAAUACCGUACGACCAUAGAUUCAAGAUUUGUUGUAACGGCGUCCUAAGUCAUAAAGGAUUCAACAGUGCAUGUUGUGGAACAAGACUGUACACACCGACCUUUAACAGUUGUUGUAAUGGACAUUUAUGCUAGAAGUCUUGUUAAGUACGUUUAUGCAUUUACAAUACAUUCAUUGCUUUGGAAAAGAAAACAACAACAGCAACUUUUAACCUAAAAGUUCAAUAGUUGAAAACAUUGGAACACAUAAAUAUGUUCAGCUUUUUCAUAUUGAUGUAAUUUUAUUGGUUUAAAAGCAAAUGAUCCAUAACAAUAUAUUAUGCUGUUAUUUGAUCCUCCAAAACGAACAUAAAAUUAAUGAUACAUUCUAUUUCCCAUAUGCAUGUAAUACUUUAGAAUUAAAUAGAGGAUAUUGAAUGAGUGUAAGUUCAAUACUGAAUUUAUUGCACGAGUUGAAUAAAAUUAUAUUAUGCGAGCCUUUGGCGAGCAUAAUAUUAUUUUAUUCAACGAGUGCAAUAAAUUCAGUAAUGAACUUACACGAAUUUAAUAUUCUAUUUAUCACAUACCCAAAAUAAAGACCGUUUAAAGUGAAAUAAGAGUCAUUUUUCAUUGACGCGACUAUAGUAUAACGCUAACAUUUAGCGCGUCUUUACACUAUGUUUGUAUAAUGCUAAUGAUGUCACGUCAAAAUAUAUGCACGGCCGUGCAAUACCAUAUUUACGGAGUCGCAAAAUCGGUACGGGUGUG